AGGGAGAGGAGAAGAGGGACGAGGAGAGCUAUUAAUAUCUGCCUGUCAAAGUGCUGGAGCUGCGUUUGGAGCGGGAGAUACAGUAUGUGAAGUGAUUUAUCCCAUUGAUAAAGAGUGGUAGAAGGGGCUGGUCCAGCUCCGCUGACGUCAUUCUGAGGGGGUCUGAAGAUGGCUCCUCAAUGCUCCGCGGCAGCACGGGCCCACACAUGCGUCAACGGCCAGCUGUCAGGAGGCACCGGCACACUGCUGUGAGAGGGAGGGAAGGAAGGAAGGAGGUAAAAGUAAAUAGAAGCUUAGAAAGGGCGGAAGGCACCAGACAUCCUUAAUUGCGGGCAAUCAGUUUGACUCUGUUGCUGUCACUUCGUCUGUCACAGAGACCGACAUAAGAACACGGGAGAGCCAUGGGUUCGUCCACAGAUGAAGAAUUCAAAGAGAAAUUACUGUGGAAUGUGAAACGAGAGGUGAAACAGAUCAUGGAGGAGGCGGUGACUAAGAAGUUUGUCCACGAAGACAGCAGCCACAUCAUCGGCCUGUGCAGCACCAUCGAGGCGUGUCUGAGCCACCUGUUGAAGCGGCGAGCGGCGGGUUUCCUGCGUAGCGACAAGAUCGCAGCCCUUUUCACCAAGAUCGGCAAGGUCAACGCCACGGCGGGAGAGGUGUGUCAGAAGGUCCAGGAGCAGCUCACACAGCAGGCAGAGGUCACCAGAACCCAGAGGACCCAGAGUGUGGGUCAGGAGCCCCUGAAGAGGCAAGGGUCGUCGUCUGCAGGUCGCGCCCCCCAGCCCCUCUCCGCUCAGGCCAUCAAGCACAUCUGGGUUCGCACCGCCCUCUUUGAGAAGGUCCUGGACAAGAUCGUACAGUACAUCGUGGAUAACUCCAGUAAGUACUAUGAGAGGGAGUCUCUGAUGCAUGACACUGUGUUUGGACCCAUCCUGGCAUGUCUACUGGUGGGUCCCUGUGCUCUGGAGUACACUAAGCUGAAGACGUCCGACCACUUCUGGACGGACCCUUCGGCCAACGAGUUGGUCCAGCGCCACCGGAUCCACGGGGCCCACCGUGGCCAGGACGCUUCCCCCAGCAGGAGGCCCGCUCUGGGGAUCCGGAAGAGACAGUCCAGCGUCAGCAUGUCCGAGGAUAAGUUUGCGGCGUCUGCACGGGAAUACGUGGAAUCUCUUCACCAGAACUCCCGUACUCACCUGCUCUACGGCAAAAACAACGUCCUGGUCCAACCGAAGAAAGAGAUGGAGGUGUUGCGGGGGUACCUGUCCCUUCACCAGUCAGGGGACAACCUCACUCUGAAGUGGACCCCUAACCAGCUCAUCAACGGCACCCUGGGGGACUGUGACCUGGAGAAGAGUAUCUAUUGGGACUAUGCGUUGACCGUGCCUUUGCGACAGGUCGUGUGCAUUCACUGUCACCAGCGACCUGACUGUGGUGGGACGUUGGUGCUGGUUAAUCAGGAUGGUAUCCAGCGCCCCCCCCUCCACUUCCCUCCCGGCGGCCACCUUUUGGCCUUUCUGUCCUGCCUGGAGACGGGCCUGCUUCCCCGCGGUCAGCUGGAGCCUCCACUCUGGAGCCAGAGAGGCAAGGGUAAGGUGUUUCCUAAGCUAAGGAAGAGGACCAGCACUGCCAGGCUGGUAGAUCAGGAGGGAGAGGAGCAGACUGCCAGGCUGGUAGAUCAGGAGGGAGAGGAGCAGACAGCAGCUGACUACGUGUUCCGCAUUGUCUACCCUGGACGCCACCACGACUCUAACCAUGGGGAAAUGAUGGACAUCCAGGGAGCCUAUAUGGGAGGCAGCCCGUCGUCAUGGCAGCAGGGAGCAGAGUGCACCAGUCACAUGUCGUCAUGUCUGCCUUGCUCCGCAGGGGGCAGUAACGUCUCAUUGGAAUACCCAGCAGGCUGCACCUGCAUCCACGACCGCAGCCCACUGAAGAUGCUGUGCCAGAAUAUGAAAAGGCAGAUCGUCUCCAGGGCCUUCUACGGAUGGCUGGCCUACUGUCGACACCUGUCCACAGUCCGUACCCACUUGUCAGCAUUGGUCAACCACAACAUUGUGCCUCCUGACAAACCUUGUGAGGCGUCGGGGGGCCUGAGUAAAGACUUGUGGAGCAAGUACCAGAAAGACUGCAAGAACUAUAAGGAGUUGGAGUUGUUGAGGCUGGUUUAUUACGGAGGUGUACAGCAUGACAUCAGGAAGGAAGUCUGGCCCUUCCUGCUGGGUCACUACAAGUUUGGCAUGGGCAAGAAGGACAUGAGCCAGAUCGAUGAGAAGGUCAGUGCACGGUACCAGCAGGUGAUGAAGGAGUGGAAAGCCUGCGAGGUGGUCGUCAAGCAGAGAGAGAAGGAGAUGCAGUCGGCCAUCUUUGCUAAGCUGUCUUCAGGAAGCAGCAUAGACAGCCACGUCCUCCGACUCAUACACAGAGACUCCACUCUCAGCAACGAGGUGUUCAUGUCAGUAGAUGAGCCUGAGGUGGGGGAGCAGCACACCCCAGGGGGGGGCGGAGGAGACACCCCCGGCCACUCUACAGUGGUUCCCCCCACAGCCGGAGGGGUAAUAGUUCCUGAUGAGCGCCCCCAAGUGGAGUUCGACUCCCCUGACUCCGGCCUCCCAUCCUCCAGGAACUACUCUGUUACUUCCGGACACUCUCAGAGUACGGAGGAGGACGGGGGAGCGGGGGAGGAGGCGCGGACACAAACACACAGUGUGACGGAGGCGAAGGAGCAGCAGGAUUCAAUAAGUGAGGAGAGGCUGUGCAGUCAGCUGGAUAAGUUGAUGACCAAUGGGAAUGGAGGAGUGGAGGGGAUGCCUUCACUGUCCUCCUAUACGAUUGAGCUGCUGGACACAGUGGCUCUGAACCUCCACAGGAUAGAUAAAGAUGUUCAACGCUGUGACCGUAACUACGGCUACUUUACGACCGCUAACCUGGAGAAACUACGCAACAUUAUGUGCAGCUAUGUGUGGGAUCACCUGGAGAUGGGUUAUGUCCAGGGGAUGUGUGACCUGCUGGCUCCUCUCAUGGUCAUCCUGGACGAUGAGUGUCUGGCGUACAGCUGUUUCUCCCAGCUGAUGAAGAGGAUGAGCCAGAACUUCCCCAACGGUGGAGCCAUGGACACACACUUCACCAACAUGAGGUCACUCAUACAGAUCCUGGACUCGGAGCUGUUUGAGCUGAUGCAUCAGAAUGGAGACUACACCCACUUCUACUUCUGCUACCGCUGGUUCCUGUUGGACUUCAAAAGAGAGCUGCUGUACCAGGAUGUGUUCUCAGUAUGGGAGGUGAUCUGGGUGGCCCCUCACAUCUCCUCUCAGCACUUCGUCCUGUUCCUGGCCCUGGCUCUGGUAGAGGUCUACAGAGAGAUCAUCAGAGACAAUACCAUGGACUUCACUGACAUCAUCAAGUUCUUCAACGAGAUGGCAGAACGUCAUGACGUGCAGCACAUCCUUCAGAUCGCCAGAGAGCUGGUGCACAAGGUCCAGUCUCUCAUCGAGAACAAGUGAUGAGGAGGAGGACGAAGAGAGGAGGAUGAAGAGCAGCAGAAGAGAGGAGCUAGAUGCCAUCACUGCACCCCUCGAUCCACCCGUCCAUCCUCCGCACCUAGCACAGCUUCCUCCCUCUCUUACCCCUCCCAAACCAGGGGAAGAGACAAAGACAUGGGCCCUCCAGCCCUCUCUCCCUCCAGGCCUCUAACCCUCUCUCCCUCCAGGACUCUAACCCUCUCUCCCUCCAGGCCUCUCUCCCUCCAGGCCUCAGCCCGCCAGACAGACCGGUGGAGGAUGAAGGCUCCAGGUGACCAUCCUGGUCUGGAUGCAGAAGAGAACAGUGGAAAGGAGAGUGAUGUUGGCUGGGCCCAGGUUUAGAUCUGGGUCCUGGUUCCUGGUCUAGGUCUUGUCCUGGUCUAGUUCCUGGUCUGGGUCUGGUCCUAGUCUAGUUCCUGGUCUAGGUCUGGUCCUGGUCUAGUUCCUGGUCCUAGUCUAGUUCCUGGUCUGGGUCUGGUCCUGGUCUAGUUCCUGGUCUAGGUCUGGUCCUAGUCUAGUUCCUGGUCUAGGUCUGGUCCUGGUCUAGUUCCUGGUCUGGGUCUGGCCCUAGUCUAGUUCCCGGUCUAGGUCUGGAACCAGGAGGUCUAGUUCCUGGUCUAGUUCCUGGUCUAGGUCUGGUCCUAGUCUAGUUCCUGGUCUAGGUCUGGUCCUGGUUUGUAGAUGUUGUUUACAAGCAUCCGGUCACAGAAUGCCUUGGUUGGUUGGUUGGUUGGUGUCAAACAUUUGGAGUUGGCUGCAUGCUCGUUAGUUUGAUCCCACUGUGACUUCCCACAUCUUAUCAUUCUCCACUAAACUCCACCCCCUGACCUCUCCAUCACAGAGACCAGAGACCCCCUGACCUCUCCAUCACAGAGACCAGAGACCCCUAACCUCUCCAUCACAGAGACCCCCUGUCCUCUCCAUCACAAAGACCAGAGACUCCCUGACCUCUCCAUCACAGAGACCAGAGACCCCUAACCUCUCCAUCACAGAAACCCCCUGCCCUCUCCAUCACAAAGACCAGAGAACCCCUAACCUCUCCAUCACAGAGACCAGAGACCCCCUUCCCUCUCCAUCACAGAGACCAGAGACCCCCUGACCUCUCCAUCACAGAGACCAGAGACCCCUAACCUCUCCAUCACAGAGACCCCCUGCCCUCUCCAUCACAAAGACCAGAGACCCCCUAACCUCUCCAUCACAGAGACCAGAGACCUCCUGACCUCUCCAUCACAGAGACCAGAGACCCCCUUCCCUCUCCAUCACAGAGACCCCCUGCCCUCUCCAUCACAAAGACCAGAGACUCCCUGACCUCUCCAUCACAGAGACCCCCUGCCCUCUCCAUCACAAAGACCAGAGACUCCCUAACCUCUCCAUCACAGAGACCCCCUGCCCUCUCCAUCACAAAGACCAGAGACUCCCUGACCUCUCCAUCACAGAGACCCCCUGCCCUCUCCAUCACAAAGACCAGAGACCCCCUAACCUCUCCAUCACAGAGACCAGAGACCUCCUGACCUCUCCAUCGCAGAGACCAGAGACCCCCUGCCCUCUCCAUCACAGAGACCAGAGACCCCCUGACCUCUCCAUCACAGAGACCAGAGACCCCCUGACCUCUCCAUCGCAGAGACCAGAGACCUCCUGACCUCUCCAUCACAGAGACCAGAGACCCCCUGACCUCUCCAUCACAGAGACCAGAGACCUCCUGACCUCUCUGUCACAGAGACCAGAGACCUCCUAACCUCUCCAUCACAGAGACCAGAGACCCCCUGACCUCUCCAUCACAGAGACCAGAGUCCCCCUGCCCUCUCCAUCACAGAGACCCCCUGCCCUCUCCAUCACAGAGACCAGAGUCCCCCUGCCCUUUCCAUCACAGAGACUCCCUGACCUCUCCAUCACAGAGACCAGAGACCCCCUGACCUCUCCAUCACAGAGACCAGAGACCCCCUGACCUCUCCAUCACAGAAACCAGAGACCCCCUGAC